AUGGAUUUCGCAAGCAGCAAUAUUUUUAUUAGAAAGGCAAAGAAAGAGGUAGAUGAUGCCGAACUUGAAGAUUAUUGUGACAAACUCUCUGUAUGCUCUGAUGAGCUUAAUAGAAGCUUCGACUCUGAUGAAGAUGAAGAGGAGGUAAAAGAUCAAAAGGAUCUCAAUGAUGGACUUCAAAUGAUUGACCAAAGAUCUUCAAAGCUCUCCAACGAAGCUCAUACUUUUGGAGCUGGCUCCUGGAAUGCUAUGGAUGCUAACAUAGAUACAGCUGUUCCUAAAAUGGCUGCUCGCAAUAUGGCAGCUCCGAAGAAAAAGUCUGGAGGCUUUUUCAAAGGCCUCAUGGGCAUUUUCAGCAAAAAGAAAAAUGAAGCUGAGCUUGAUAUAGAAUGCUGAAUGGACGCAGGAUCACCAAUGAUGAAUUCUAAGCCGAAGAGGGCAGCCAAAGUAGCUAAGAGCAGAGUCAAUAGGCAAGGAAGGAAGUUCCAGAAUGAGGUAGACACCAAUGUAAUCUCCCUUAGUCUCAAAGUUCUCAAGGAAGAUGCUGAAUUAGCUGCUGGAGACCCUAUAUUCUGUGAGAAAUGCAAUGCUGUCUUUAACGUCAAUAGUAAACUCGACGAAAAAGAGAAAAAACUAGAACAAAUUCUUGAAGUUGACGAGGAAGAUAAAGAAGAAGAUAUGGUUCCUAACGAAAGGGAGGAAGUCAAAAUUGAGCUAGGUGAAGGAGAAGAGCUUUGGAAUUGCGAAUUCUGUAACCAUAAAAACAUCAUAUUUAUCGAAAAAGAAGAAAUCCCAAAGAAAGAUGCUAUCAAUUAUAUCAUUGAUAAUGAAGAACUUGAUGAGAAUAAGAAGCAUUCAGGUGAAGCUUCUGUUAUCUUCUGCAUUGAUAUCUCUGGAUCUAUGUGUGUCACCAAAGCUGUUGAUGGCAAGUUCAAAAUCAAGGGAGAUAAAUAUGAUGAACUUCAAGAACUCAUGAAGUACUCAGAUGGUUCAGACCAAUUCGCCUUCAAUGACAGAAAUAUGACCUAUGUUUCAAGACUUCAAUGUGUCCAAGCAGCCAUCGAAGCUCAGCUGAUUGACAUGAAGGUUGAGAAAUCGCAGAAGAAAGUUGGUCUGGUCUCGUUCAAUGGAGAAGUAAACAUUGUUGGAGAUGGAUCUCAGCCAUCACAAACUAUUUCUGGGGAUAAACUGACAAAUUAUGAAUAUCUUAUUGAGAAUGGACAAAAUGUUGCAAAGACUCAUAUGUCUCAAGGAAUAGAAGAAUCAAGCGACCAGCUCAAUGAAAAGCUAUUCGCUCUUGAAGAAACUGGUCCUACUGCUCUUGGACCUGCUGUUGCCUCUUCCAUCGCCAUGGCUGGUGAAUGUGGUAAUGGCUCCCAAGUCUUCAUUUGUACUGACGGUUUGGCAAAUGUAGGAGUUGGGUGUCUCGAAGAACAAAAGGACAACACCAAUGCUGAACAAGACGUUGCUACUUUCUACGAACAACUUGCUGACUAUGCUGCAAGCAAGGGGGUUACAGUCAACAUCAUCAGUAUCAAAGGAGAGGAGUGUGACCUUGAGACUCUCCGUCCACUCUACGACAAAACCAAUGGUAAUGUAGACAUCAUCGAGCCAGAUGAGCUCAAGAAUAACUUUGCUAACAUGAUGAAGCAAGAAGUCAUUGCUACUAGAGUUGUUGUGAAGGUCAAGCUCCACAAAGCUCUGGAGUUCAGAAAUGAAGACGAGAAGGACCUCUCUAAUGAGAAGACUAUCUUGACGAGAGACGUUGGAAAUGUUACUGAGGACUCUGAGAUCACAUUUGAAUAUAGAGUCAAAGAUCAAAAGGAUCUAGAGAAGCUAGAUAACUUUGAUAUCUCAAAGAUUGAUCAGAUUCCGUUCCAGACUAUUAUUGAAUAUACCAAAUUAGAUGGAAUGAAAUGUAUUAGGACUAUUACUAAGGUUCAGAAGGUCACAGACGAUGCUGCUCAGAUGAAGAAGGACGUUAAUAUUGAGGUCCUAGCUGUAAAUGCAGCCCAACAAGCUUCUAAAUUAGCAACUAGAGGACAGUUUAGAGAAGCCCAAGCUUAUAGUAUGAACCAAAAGAGGUACCUCAAGAGCCAUCUCAAGGACGAUACUGAUAAGAAGAUGUACAGCAACUGGAGAGGUCAAAUGAACGGUCUCUACUCUGACAUGCAUAUGCAGAACAACUGUGAAGAGAUGUGUGAGAUGCAAGCUGAGUCUGAAGGCUCUAGUGCCAUGCAUGAAUUAAAGAGAAAGAAAGGUUUCUUCUCUAAGUUAGGAGACCAGAUGACGACUAAUGUCCAGAAAAAGAAGAAGUUUACCAAGAAAUCUCUCUGGUAAAUCUUUUCUGUAGGAUAAUUUUUAAUUCGUAAUCAGACUUUCAU